AUGGCCGCAAACGGAACAGCUCCAAGUUCAGGGCAGAACAAGUUCUUCGAGGACUUUGGUGUUUGGAAAGAUGCGCCAGUCUUGACUGGAAGCACCAAGUACGAGCCGCUACCAGACGUCAAAAAUAUUAUGAUCACAGGAGGAGCAGGAUUUAUUGCUUGCUGGCUCGUACGACAUCUUACCUUGACCUAUCCCAACGCAUACAACAUUGUAUCUUUUGACAAGCUUGACUACUGUGCGUCCUUGAACAAUACCCGGGUCCUGCAAGACAAGAAGAACUUCACAUUCUACCAUGGAGAUAUCACCAACCCCUCCGAGGUCAUGGACUGCUUGGAGCGUCACAAUAUUGACACCAUCUUCCACUUCGCCGCACAAUCCCACGUCGAUUUGAGCUUUGGUAACUCAUAUGCUUUCACACACACAAAUGUUUAUGGGACACACGUCCUGUUGGAGAGCGCAAAGAAGGUCGGAAUCAAGAAGUUCAUUCACAUUUCCACCGAUGAGGUCUAUGGAGAGGUCAGGGACGAUGCCGAUGAUCUGUUGGAAACCAGCAUUUUGGCCCCAACGAACCCAUACGCAGCGAGCAAAGCUGCCGCAGAGAUGCUUGUCCACUCGUACCAGAAGAGUUUCAAGCUACCCGUGAUUAUUGUGCGUAGCAACAAUGUUUACGGCCCACAUCAAUACCCCGAGAAAAUUAUUCCCAAAUUCAGCUUGUUGCUCCACCGCGGUCAGCCAGUCGUUUUGCAUGGUGACGGAACCCCAACGAGAAGAUACCUCUUUGCAGGAGAUGCUGCAGAUGCGUUUGACACCAUUCUCCACAAGGGUCAAAUGGACCAGAUCUAUAAUGUCGGCUCUUACGACGAGAUCUCCAACUUGACCUUGUGCUCCAAGCUCCUCACUUACCUCGACAUCUCCCACUCGACACAGGAAGAGCUCCACAAGUGGGUCAAGCACACUGUCGAUCGUCCGUUCAACGAUCACAGAUAUGCCGUAGACGGAACCAAGCUUAGACAGCUCGGCUGGGAACAAAAGACCAGCUUCUCGGACGGAAUGGCCAUCACCGUUGACUGGUACAAGAGAUUUGGCGAGAAGUGGUGGGGUGAUAUCACCAAGGUCCUGACACCUUUCCCAACAGUUACUGGAACCGAGGUUGUUGCUUCCACCGAGUUGGUUGAGGACAUCAAUGACAACAUGAUUGUCGAUAGCGACGACAAGAUGACCCUGGCAAAGAAGAGGAAGACAGACGCUUAG